GCUGGCAAAGGCAAAAGCCAGGUUGUAAUUAUUUGCAUAGCUUAGCUACUAACGCGUACUCGAAGGCAACUCAUGGUUAUUUAUUUAUGAAGUACCAUUUUCGUUUUGAAUUAACAUUUCAAAAACAGAUGUUUACCUUGUAGAGGACAUUUGGUUUUAGAGGCAGAAUGGCUCAGACUAAUUAACGUUGUUUUCGUAAAUUAGUUUAGGUUAGCUAACAUGGUAGCUAACGUUAGCAAGCUAGCUAUUAGCAGGGGGUAUUUUUCUUUCACAUACUAGAUAGCUAACUAGAUAGCUAAAGGAUUGUCAAAGAAAACACGAUGGAAUUUGAGAUAAUUCGUGCUCAACGCUCGUAUUUUUUGUAACUAGUGAUGCGCGACACUGCUAGCUAGUAACCUCAAUUUCCCAGUGGCUAACGUUAGCUACAGUAAUGUUAGCUAGUAAAAAACGUCGUUAGCCCUUAGUGUUUGACAAGGAAUUCCACACAGAAAUUCUCCCACCCGCAGUCCCAGCACAGUAGUGGAUCUCCAAACUCGGUCUUAACUUGGUACCAAUGCGUGGGAUGAUGGCUACACAGGGCAGCCCUGUCAAGAGUUAUGACUACCUCCUGAAGUUCUUGCUGGUUGGAGACAGUGAUGUGGGGAAAGGAGAGAUCCUAGACAGUCUGCGGGACGGUUCAGCAGAGUCUCCCUAUGCCUACAGCAGUGGUGAUUGGAUUGACUACAAGACUACCACGAUCCUGCUGGAUGGGAGAAGAGUCAAGUUAGAAUUGUGGGAUACGUCUGGACAGGGUCGAUUCUGCACAAUUUUCAGGUCAUAUUCACGUGGGGCACAGGGAAUCCUGCUAGUUUACGAUAUCACAAAUGGCUGGUCGUUUGAUGGCAUUGACCGCUGGAUCCGGGAGAUUGAUGAGCAUGCCCCGGGGGUGCCCCGCAUCCUAGUAGGCAACCGGCUCCACCUGGCCUUUAAGAGGCAGGUGCCCACGGAGCAGGCCCGGGCCUACGCAGAGAAGAACGGCAUGACCUUCUUUGAGAUCAGCCCGCUGUGCAACUUCAACGUCAUCGAGUCGUUCACGGAGCUGUCGCGCAUCGUGCUGAUGAGGCACGGCAUGGAGAAGUUCUGGAGACCAAACCGAGUGUUCAGCCUCCAGGACCUGUGUUGCCGGGCCAUCGUCUCAUGCACCCCCGUCCACCUCAUCGACAAGCUGCCUCUCCCCGUGGCCAUCAAGUCCCAUCUCAAGUCCUUCUCCAUGGCCAACGGCAUGAAUGCUGUCAUGAUGCAUGGACGUUCCUACUCCAUGGCCACCAAUGCGGCGGGCGGCAGCGUGAGCGGCAGUAGCAAUAAGGCAAACAGUCUGAAACGCUCCAAGUCCUUUAAACCGCCUCAGAGCCCCCCCAAGAGUAGUAGCAGCAAAAGUAACUGUAUGAUCACCUAGUGAGGGGCGAGGGAGGAACUUCUGAGGCCUCCCAUUGGGCCUAAUGCUAUCACUCUAUGGGGCGCUCAGGGACCCCGAUUUGGAGAUGCAUAAAUGCACAACAGGAACUGUAAGAGCUGUGAGUGAGUCAGCUAUGGCGUUCACUCUCUCUGAGCCCCUAGCGCCAUCUUGUGGGUCACCGUUAAACCCACAGCUACCACCUGCUGUGACCAAUAGAGCUCGCCAGUUUGAAGUCCUAAAACCCGGAAGUGAGUUGCUUCUGGUUCGUUCAGUCAUCCCUAUGGGGAAAAAAUAGGGGUUUGGGAUAAACACAGAAAAUAAGGUCUGAGGUUAACACAGGCUUAGGAGAUCUUAUACAGUACAUUUUGUUCUAUGAGAUAA